UCGAUGAUCCUUGUAAUCUACCAACAUACUCUUCUAAUGAAUAUUACACAAAUGAAGUCUUGUGCAAUUGCUCCAUCUCUGCUAAUAAUGAAUGCCAUAUCCAAAGACUGUAAACUCCUCCUAGCUCACGGCUACAUAUAUAUAAUCACCAUGACAGGAUUGGAGUUUUCUGUUGACAUCUGUUAAAUGUGCAGUUCUUUUUCAGGACAGAAUCUGGAUGGCAACCUUCCAUCAUCACUAUGGAAGCUACCUUACCUUAAGUCAGUAAAUCUAAAUCGGAACUUCCUCAGUGGUUCGAUACCUACAGAAUGGGCUUCAACAAAGUUGGAAUCGCUGGCUAUUAGUGUGAACAAUUUAUCAGGGCCAAUCCCUGCCGAAUUAGGAAACAUAACCACUCACAUUUUUGAACAUGGAGAGCAACUUGUUUUCUGAAACUAUUCCCUAUGAGAUUGGGAAAUUGGUAAACUUGGAAUAUCUGAGUUUAAAUGCAAACAAUCUCACUGGACAGUUCCCUCUGUCUCUCACCAAUCUCUCCAAGUUAUGGGCGCUUGGGAUCGGUAGUAACUACUUCACAGCCUGAGUUUGGCAAUUGGAAACAACUUCAGAUAUUAGAUAUGCUAGGAAGUGGUUUCAGUGGGCCAAUUCCUCCUAGUAUUUCUACCUUGGCAAACUUAUUUGAAUUAAGAAUAACUGACUUAAAUGGGGAGAACUCGUCAGAUUUUCCCGACUUGAGUAAAAUGACAGACCUUUCUAAGUUGGAUCUUAGCUUUAAUAAACUACAAGGGCUACUUCCAAAUUUUCAAAUAUUACCUUUGAGUUAUAUAUAUUUAACAAGUAACUUACUCGGUGGGCCUAUUCCAGCGUGGUUGAACAUAUCCGGAGAUGCAUCCAUGAACAUAGAUAUAUCUUACAAUAACUUUUCGGAAAUAUCUGAACCAUCAACUUGUCAAGAUCAUUUCAAUGACUUUCAGAGCACAUCUGGUCAUGAAAACAGCUCAAGGCUUAGCAAGUGCUUGGCUCCAUGUUCAAAAGAUUAUUAUUCAUUGCAUAUAAAUUGUGGUGGAAAAGAAACUACCAUUGGAGGCAUAAAGUAUGAAGGGGAUGAGGAAUUUGGAGGUCCUGCAAAUUUGUUCCAUAACUCAGCCAACACUUGGGGAUUUAGCAACAUCGGUCAUUUCAGAAAUACUAAUCAAGAAGUGCGAGAAUAUAUAGUAAAUAAUGUAUCUAGAUUAAGAAUGAACAACUUUGAGCUCUACACAACUGCACGCAUCUCGCCUCUUUCGCUAACUUAUUUUGCUCGUUGCUUAAGAAAUGGAAAUUACACUGUGAAACUACAUUUUGCAGAGAUAGUAUUUAGAAACGACAGAUCUUAUGAGAGUGUUGGAAGACGAGUAUUUGAUGUUUAUGUUCAGGGAAAAUGGGAGUUGUCAGAUUUCAACAUUAAAGAGGAAGCUAAAGGAGUUUAUCAAAGUAAUUAAGGCAGUUGUCUCCAUAGUCAUGGCAGAUAUGGAGUGAAGGCAGAGGAAUAGAGUUGGUGGAUGAAGCAUUAGGCGAGUCAUAUAAUGAAUCAGAGGCAUUGAAAUGCAUACACAUUGGGCUUCUAUGCGUUCAAGACUUUGCCACAGAUAGACCUUCCAUGGCUCAAGUAGCUUCCAUGUUAAGUAACCAAAUAUUUCAUCAACCUCAACCCAAACAACCUAUUUUUACUUUUCAAGCCAGCAGUGGUAGUUAUGAUCCUUCCACACAAAGUGGUAAUAGAUGCUCUGUUAAUAAUGUCACUGUAUCAAUGGUUGAACCACGAUAAAAAAAGAAAAACUUCAACUGUAAAUUAUGUUAAAUGUAUAUUGGGCUACACCUACGCUAUUCAAUAUUUUCUUUUAAAUUUA